AAAAACAAACACAUCACACAUGUGAAACAAGUGAUUUUGUAACAUUGUCCCACAAUGUUUCAUCAAACACACUUGACCCCAAAUAUGUGAGAGAGUGUGGUGCUUGCUUAAUUUUAGUAAACAAUCUCAAACAUAAAUACAGAAUCUAGGAGUAAAUCACUGUAAACCAAGCAUUCAGAUCUUUGCAACAUUUCAAAUGCAUGUAACUUUAGAAAAUCAAAUGGGACAAGUCUUUAUUUAAACUGCAAGACUGUAUUGCCAUUAGCCUGUGUCUUUAAUAAAUUCAAGCGGUGUCUCUUUCUUGAUUGUUUAUGAUGUUUACCUAUGCAUUUAGUAUCAUUUAUUACAUCCAGGUUGCUGGUCAUACUCCCAAGACAAAGAGCAGUCAUUACAGUAUUUUUCUAGUACUCGAGUAGUAAUAAUUCAGAAAUUCAUUUUAUUAAUUUGAAAUUUCACUGUCACUCAAUGUGUGCACUUGAUGAAUUGCUUUCACUGAUUAGCUUGUAAGAUAAUGAAGAGGGCUGUUAAUUGAAGGGGUUUUGAGUUUGAAGCUUGUGGUGGGUGAGGAGAAAGAGGGGUAAUUUAAAAUGCCUACAAUGUGGUUUUCUUUGAAGAGAUCUUUGCACUGUAAAUCAGAAGCAUCAGAGGUUCAUGAUCCAAAAACCAAGAAACAGCUGAGCAACAUCUUGACUAGAAAAUCCAGGAGGUCAGGCUGUUCUAGGUCUAUUGCAAAUCUCAAAGAUGUGAUUCAUGGGAGUAAAAGGCACUGGGAGACUCCUGUUAAUUGUAGUCCAAGAUCUAUUGGUAGCAGUGAGUUCUUGAACCCAAUUACACAUGAAGUCAUUUUGAGUAAUUCAAAGACUGAGCUUCAUAUUAGUGGUUUUGGUGGGGGGUUUCAAGAAGAUGGCGGCGGUGUCAGCAGUGGUAAUUCAACUUAUGUGGGUACUUUGAGGCCAGGUACACCAGGCCCUGGAGGCCAUCCUGCAAUGCACUAUUUUAACUCUUCAACUAAAAACCCUGCUGCAACUCCUCCAAGAAAGUCUGCACUUUUGACAGAAAGGGAAGGGACUCGAUUUGGGGGGGUAUCUAAUUCGAGGGGAGGAAAUGGAAUUCCUUCGGAAGCUAGACUGACUGUUGAGGCAGGCGAUGAUGGGUCUUCUUGCUCGGUCACAUGCCAUAAAUGUGGAGAGCAGUUUGGAAAAAUGGAAGCUCUUGAAGCUCAUCAUCUCUCCAAGCACGCAGUUACUGAGCUCGUAGAGGGUGACUCAUCCAGGAAAAUUGUUGAAAUAAUUUGCCGCUCAAGCUGGUUAAAAUCAGAAAACCAUUGUGGACGAAUUGAGAAGGUAUUUAAAGUUCAUAACAUGCAAAAGAUGUUGGCUCGAUUCGAAGAAUACAGGGAGAUGGUGAAGCUCAAGGCUAGCAAACUCCAAAAGAAACAUCCCCGUUGUCUUGCAGACGGUAAUGAACUAUUGAGGUUUUAUGGAACAACUGUGUCUUGCUCCCUCGGCAUAAAUGGUUGCUGCAGCCUUUGUUUAUCUGACAAAUGCUGUGUUUGUCGAAUAAUAAGAAACGGGUCGUCUAACAAAAAAGAACUUAAGGGUGGUAUAGGAGUUUUCACAACUUCCACAAGUCAGAAAGCUUUAGAAUCAAUAGAAAUGGAUGAAAAUGAUCACACCAUGAGAAAAGUUCUAAUAGUUUGCAGAGUUAUAGCAGGGAGAGUACAUCGACCUCUGGAAAACAUACAAGAAAUGGCUGGUCAGUCGGGAUUUGAUUCGUUGGCUGGGAAGAUUGGUCUCCAUGCUAACAUUGAGGAGCUUUAUCUGCUAAAUCCCAGAGCUCUUCUUCCCUGUUUUGUGGUAAUCUGUAAACCCUGAAAUUUUUGAAAAAUUGUUGUGAGAUCUCUAAAUGCAUCUUUAAAGUUCUUUUAAACAUUUAUUGAUUAUUCUAGUUAGCUGCUGUUGUGGAUGAGCUUCUUUAUGCAGUUCCACACUUGACACUCCCACUAGGUCCUGCUAAUUUAUUUUUUCUAUUUUUUAA